AUGAAACAGUUUAUGCCUCUUCUUGUUUCUUGUAAUCAAGCUGCAUUUAUUCGUGGAAGAAAACUUGGAGAUCUUGUUCUUUUGGCCCAAGCAUUAUGUAAGGAUUAUCAUCGCAAUCUGGGUGCUCCUCGUAUUGCCUUCAAAUUGAAUUUAUCUAAGGCAUUUGAUAGUCUUAAUUGGGAAUUUCUCUUUAAAUUGAUGGUUGUUCUGGGCUUCCCUCCGCAGUUUAUUCUAUGGGUUAAAGCAUGUAUUUCUGGUGCUAUGAUUUCCUUGAAAAUAAAUGGAGCUUUGGAAGGUUAUUUCAACUGUAAAUCGGGACUGAAACAGGGGGAUCCGCUCUCCCCAUACUUGUUUGUGCUUGCAAUGGAAGCUCUAACUGCCUGCUUGAAUCUCAAGAUUGAGGAAGGUCCAUUCAAGUUUCACAGCAAAACUAAGGAUGCGGGUAUUUCUCAUUUAAUUUUUGCGGACGAUGUUAUGCUUUUUUGUCAUGGAGAUGCUGAUUCUGUAAAGAGUAUGAUGGAUGGUGUUAAUCUGUUUUCUUCCAUUUCUGGUUUGUGUCUCAAUCCUGCCAAAUGUGUGGUCUUUUUCGGGAAUGUUCCAUCUGCAGUACAGGAUUUCACUAUUGCUACUUCUCGGUUUAACAGAGGUGCUUUACCUGUUAAUUAUCUUGGAUUACCUCUGAUUUCUGGCAAGUUGUUCUUAAGAGAGUGCCUUCCUCUUAUCUCGAAAAUUCGUGGUAAAUUUGAAGCCUGGAACGGUAAAUAUAUUAGUCAGGCGGGUCGUGCUCAGCUAAUUAAGUCUGUCAUCUUUGGUAUGCAAGGACACUGGUCUCACUUUCUCUUCUUGCCGAAAUUGGUGCUGAAACGUAUUCAAUCUGAUAUGGCCAAGUUUCUAUGGAAAGGUGACCUUGUUGGCUCUUGUCAUUUUAAAGUUUCGUGGAAGCAUUGUUGUUACAGAAAAUCGGAGGGAGGUCUUGGUUUUAAGGAGCUGUUGGGGUGGAAUCAAAGUGCUGUAUGGCUGCAAGUUUGGAGAAUCAUAAAGUGUUCUGAUGACUCUUUAUGGAUUCAUUGGAUUCAUAAAUGCUUUCUAAAAAACAGGGCUUUCUGGACAAUGAAAAUUCCCUAUAACUGUCCUUGGAGUCUGCGAAAAAUUCUUAAUGCUCGCCCUCAUUUCAGUGGCCAUAUUCGUUACCAGGUGGGUCGGGAGUCUAAUUUUCUAUUGUGGCAUGAUCCGUGGAGUGAUAACAGAAAUAUGCUAGACCGUUUUGGUUGUAGAGCAAUGUCCUCCCUUGAGUCAACUUCACUUGCUCCUCUUCACACCAUAAUUCGAGAUGGUACUUGGAAUCUUGGAAAUUCUAAUGAUCAUGUUGUAAUUGAAAUGAGACAGAUUUGUGCUACUACGACAAUUCAUGACAGAGAUGAAAUUCUGUGGAACGGCUCUUCUUAUAAAAACCUUCGGAUCAAUGAUAUAUGGGACGUUCUUAGGACUCCAGGUCUUCCUCCAUCCUGGUAUAAUUUUGUUUGGUGCAGAUUUAUGGUUCCAAAAUUCGCUUUCACCACCUGGUUAAUCGUCCAAGAGCGUCUUCUCACCAAAGAUCGAAUGAUUAACUUUAGAAUGAGAACAACUAGCAGCUGUGUUUUGUGUGGUGUGGCUGAUGAAUCCCACACCCACUUAUUUUGUCAUUGUACCUAUAUUCGAAGCAUUUUUGCUUCUUGGAAUCAUGGCAUUACUUCUGUGUGGGACGACCUUAAAUCUGGCAGAAUCUUCACUGGACAAAUCUCCAGUAUUGAAAAGGAAAGUUCUUUUCUUUUCAUCUCCUCGGUUUUUUACUCAGUUUGGCGUGAGAGGAAUUUGCGAGUUCAUGAGGGUGGUACCCAUAACAGCUGGGCUAGUCUGUUAGUUAAUAUUAAAAGGGAUGUUAAAGACAAAUUGGCUUCCUCCGCUCGAUUUCGUAAAUGUGUGCAUCGAGACACUACUCUGGUCCUGAAUUUGUACUGA